AUGGGGCUGCUUACUGAUGAUUACCUCACUGGGGAUGCAGGACAAGUUAAACAUAUUUUUAUUUCAAUGUCAUUGUCUUUGCAGCAAUCACACUGGCCACAACAUAUGGCAGUUUGUGGUCAGAAUAGUGACAGUGGAGGUGGUGAAGGUGGCCCAGAUUCAGUUAAUGGUGAAGCAAGUGGCCAUUCUUCCAGGGUCUCAACUCCUCAGAACUUGGUAGUAACACAGCAAUAUGUGGAUGAGGAAGGAGCAGUAGCUUUGGCAGAGGAACAUCGCAGAAGGAAGCAACGAGAG